CCUUGUAAUGGCAUACAUGUUUAGUGGAUGAUUUGAGAUAAUAAAGGAAAUUUUAAUAAUUCAAAAGUGUUAACAUAAAUUGGUUGAAAUAUUAGAAAAUCUACGACUGUUUGUGUACAAUAAUCGUGAGAUUUAAUACAGAACACAUCUUAUGAUUUUCACAUUAAUAAUUUUAACUGUUUUGGUCGACAUAAAAACCCAUUUACAGGUUGUUAGAUAACUACAUCAAAACAGAUUAACAAGCUGGUCAAAUGUGAAUUUUGCUUAUAAGUUCUACUGUUAAUAAUUAUCCAAUAUUAUACUCAAAAAAAUGUACUAAAAGCACUCUGUGUAAAAUAAUAAUACAGACUGUUUUACAAAGAAUAAAAUGAAACGUUUGUACGUUAUAAUAUUGUCACUUACCUUAGUAAACGUAUUGUUAGCUGCAUUAGAUGACUAUGACAAGGAGGUUAUCAGAACCAACAAACACAUCGAGCUUGCAGGAGAUCAAUUGCGAACAGUAAUAAGAAAUGCCAUUUACUAUAAAAAUUAUUCGAUGGAGGAAAUUAAUUUUAUGUUGGCAGUACCGGAUUUUGCAGACUAUAACCGAACGCUGAGUUUAUGGUGCCAGAUACAUUUGCGAGCAUUAAUAAGGUAUACAACAGGUAUUAAGGGACCUGAUAUAAACGAAGCUGAUUUUGAAGAAGUUGAUCUCUCAGUUUAUGGGAACGCAAGAAGGGAUAUGGCUAGAGAAGCUACAAAAAAUUUAAUUCGGGCUGAAAUAAGUGAAAGAGAUCCAAACACCUUAAAUUUCCCUUUGCUGUGUCGUUUAAUAGGAUUGUGGAGAAGUAUACAUUGCCCAGAUUUAUGUAUAACGCAUGCUGUUGACGAUAAUGAAACUUGUACUCUAAACGCUAAAAACAACAUCAUUACCUUAAUAUACAGAUCCUUUGAUGGCACAAUCUGGGAAAUGAAUGAAAAUAAUUACCUGAUUCAACCACUUGCUGAUCAGUUAGGAUAAUUUGUAUCAGAAAUUGUUAGAAUUGACUUAUUUUAUGGUACUAUUAUUAUUAUAUUUGAAUAAUUUUUGCAUUAAGCUCUAUUAUAUAAAAUUUAAGUAUUUUAUGUUUAACAUUACUAUUGUCAUUGUAUUUAAAUAAUUGUGUUAUACCAAACUAAUAUUCAAUGUAAUGUAUUCAAUAAUAAACAGUC